CUCCUCGUCGUUUUCCGGCAAUACUCAAUCCUAUGUGUUGGCCGACACAAUUCCAUUUUCGUUGCUCUGUAUCAGCAUACAGGACGACUCUCUGAACUUGCUCCUACCUCUUUCUCUUGUGACUCGACUCGACUUGUGGGAAACUGGGAAUGGCUGUAAAAUGCGAGUGCGUGUGAGGAUGGGACAACAUGGACAGAGAUUUCGGUUUCUCGUGUUUUCCGACGUCGCUACAUUGAGAGUCCGCGCACGCGACGCGACAUUCAUCCCCAUAUUCUUAUCGACGUCACUGUGGCCCUCGCGGCUUAAUACUGGCUACCAUUUGCAGUGGCAUGUUGUCACUGUACAUGCAGUCUGUAUUAUGUCGUGGGUGGUUUACAGUACAUCGUCAUUCUACUUUCGACGUCUUCCCUGCGCCGCCGCGCGCGCCGCAAUGAUCGCUUCGGGCCCUUGUCGAAUGGCCUCCUCGAUCACGGCCUCUGGAGUGCGCACCUUUCGACCUGGCGGUACCACAGGAGGAUGACUGCACCGGCAGUUCUUCCGAUUGCCUUUUCCGGGGCAUAUCCAUCGCCGAGGGCAGAAGUCGUUGGUGCAGACGGCACAACGAUCCACACCCGAACCUCCUUCCGGCAUUGUUGUUUGUCCCCCGUAUGGAUGAUAGCGGACAGCGGGGAGGGUGGUUUGUUGGAUGGGCAUAGACGAGGCAGAUGUCAUCGGAUGACUUUCGUGCGCACGUGGGGUUGUGUUUGCGGGUGGAAGCAUGGGUGCGGGUGCAGUGGCCGCAUGAGUUGACGGUCCCGGAGAUGGGAGAUCUGGCUGCACACCACUUUCCUGUAUGACAACGAAGGGAGCUGAUCGAAUGUCGGAGAAGUCGAGCUCUGGAUCAUACGCGUCGGAUUCCGGAACACCCGCAGUCGGGUUGAAUGAAGUUUCGCUAUAAUAGCCUGCAGAACUGUCAGCAAACAGCAAGCCACGCAAUCUGCGUCCUCAGUCGGAGGGAAAGUGAUGGCUCCGGGCGCGCUCAUCGCAGCCGUGUUUUCGAGCAUCUCAAGGAAGGGCCGCCGCGCAGCAAAGUUCCCGCCAAUGGCGAGUGUCGCAAGUUCGGAAGAACGAGCGAUAACAUUCUUGUGAUGCGCUUCGAGUUGGGAUGGGAUCUUGUAGUACAAGCGUUGAUUUGAGUCAAGGAUUGUCGGGGACUGAGCGGCAACAAGGCUAUUCCAGAAUUUAGCAAAUUUCUCG